UCACCACCAAUUUGUUUGGUAGUGACUGUGGGUCGAGCAACGAUGCCAUCCCAAUACUUGCAAGAUUUUAGCCUUGUUCAUAAAAAAGGAAAGGAAAAUUAUAUAAAUAAAAAUACUAACGAACAAGUACCACAAACGAAAACGAAAGGUCAUGCUUACCCGAGUUUCGAGAAGCCGGAUACCUAUCUGGAAAUGAAG